AUGCCAUUUGAAACUUUUUACUGGAACGCCAAACCUAGUUUGAACGGUCGUAAUGGGAAGUCUGUCAUGUUAAUUUCUCCAACUAGUUGUAGUUACCACCUGCAUAUCGCUCAUUUUACCAUCUCACUCAUUCUGAGUCAGACUUGCCAACUACCAAAUAUUUUUUCCGAAAACACAAUGCAAAUAGACAUUCAGCCCCUGCUUACAGGUUUGGCCGAAAUAGUUGCCCAGGACAAGGACAAUGUUUUGCCUCCCAACAUCUACCCGAUCUAUAAGUACAUGGCAACAGAAGAUUUGACUGUGCAUCUGGCCUACUUGCGUCUUGCGGAUUUAAACAAUGACAAGCGGUCGGAAACUUUUUUGUUUGAGUCGUCUGUCAAUGGUGAUUCUGUCGACCGGUAUUCGUUCAUCGGGCUCCGUGCGAGGAAGAUCAUCAAGACUGGUGACAACGAAGCGGUGUUCGCACCUGAAUUCUGUAAUGUUGAUCCGAUUUCCGUUUUGGAGAAGGAACUUUCCAACUGUCGCCAGGCUCAGUUGCCCGGUUUACCUCCGUUGAGUGGAGGUGCCGUCGGAUACAUUUCGUAUGAUUGUAUCAAAUACUUUGAACCGAAAACCCGCCGUGAUCUCAAAGACACUUUGCAAGUUCCUGAAGCAGUAUUGAUGCUCUGUGACCUAAUAGUGGCAUUCGACCAUGUGUACCAACGUUUCCAAAUCAUCAACAACGUCCACGUGGAUCCGGAAACUGAUUUGGAACAGGCUUACUCUGCGGCAGUCAAAGAGAUACGCUGGGUAGAGCAAAAGUUGAAGGAGCAGAGACCAUUGGAAGAGUUGAAUCCUCAUCAACCACCCAUCCGCCCUCACCAGACAUUUACAUCGAACAUCGGUGAAGAAGGUUAUAAGCGUCACGUAACCACAUUGAAGGCCCAUAUCAAGGCGGGCGACGUGAUCCAGGCGGUGCCAUCGCAGAGAGUUGCACGCCCCACAUCGUUGCACCCAUUCAACAUCUACCGCCACUUGCGUACGGUCAAUCCAUCUCCAUAUCUUUUCUAUGUUGAUUUGGUAGACUUCCAGAUCAUAGGAGCACUGCCAGAGCUUUUGGUGAAAGCAGACAAGAAGAGUCAAAUCACCACUCACCCAAUUGCAGGAACCAUUGUAAGAGGGAAAACUCCCGAGGAAGAAGAACGCAACGCGCUGAUUUUGCGUUCAUCGUUGAAAGACCGUGCUGAGCACAUUAUGCUAGUGGAUUUGGCACGGAAUGAUGUUAACAGAGUCUGCACUCCCGAAAGUAACCGUGUGGAACGUUUGUUGACCAUCCAACGCUUUUCGCAUGUGAUGCAUUUGGUUUCUGAGGUCACAGGUGUGCUCCGUCCUGACAAAACCCGGUUUGACGCUUUCCGGUCUAUUUUCCCCGCAGGAACUGUGAGUGGCGCACCAAAGGUGAAAGCAAUGGAAAUCAUCGGUGAGUUAGAAAAGGAAAAGAGAGGAGUAUAUGCUGGAGCUGUCGGUCAUUGGGGCUAUGACGGGAAAACCAUGGACACAUGCAUUGCUUUAAGAACAAUGGUUUACAAAAACGGCGUGGCAUACUUGCAAGCAGGCGGAGGCAUUGUUUUCGACAGUGAUGAAUACGAUGAGUAUGUGGAGACGAUGAACAAAAUGCGUGCCAACAACGACACCAUUGUGCAAGCAGAAAAGAUCUGGAUUCAAAAAGUGGGAUCGGAGGAGGCCUAA